GUGAGAUCAUUCGAGGUGCGUGGCCGCUCGAUUUGCGCGAUUUGCGAGAGGGAGAAAAAGAUACCGACUUAAUCUCUCAACGUAGAUUUUCCAGACGCGAGUAUCGACGAUUUUUUGCGGAUUUCAUCAGCAGAUGUGUCCUCCCGAGACGAAGACACGCGCUUUCUCAGUGGAUUGGAUACAUUUUGAAGAGCGGAACUUUUUCGGGACGAUGACCGACGAUACUGUGAGAUUUAUGAGCGAUACGGGAAUAUGUAACGUCUAGUCGUCGCAAUUGAGUCCGUGCGUCGAACCAGAACAUCUAUUCUCGGUGAAAACAUUAUAACUGUAAAUUAUCGAGAUGAGUGGAAUGAAGAAGGCGAUCGGAGGAUCCAUUCACAGAAUACGAGAGUUCGAGCUCGAGAAGGUGAAUCUGAUCGACGAGUUCGACAUCCUGCAGAUCGUCGGCGAGGGAUGGUUCGGCAAAAUCCUGCUGACCGAGCAUCGCAGUACACAGACCGAGAUGGUGCUGAAGGCCCUGCCGAAGGCAUAUACCGGCAUCUCGGACUUCUUUCGGGAAUUUCAUUAUGGGUUACAUCUGUCGGCACAUAGAAACAUUAUAACCACCUAUGACGUGGCGUUCGAGACGGCCGGCUUCUACGUUUUCAGUCAAGAAUACGCCCCGCUCGGCGAUCUCACGUCGAACGUGACGGAGACAGGGUUGGGCGAGCUGCACGCAAAGAGGGUGGCCAGGCAGCUCGCCGCCGCGGUGCAUCAUAUACACAGCCGUGAACUAGUGCAUCGCGAUAUCAAACUCGAUAAUAUACUCGUAUUUCGUAGUGAUUUUUCGCGUAUCAAGCUGUGCGAUUUCGGCGAGACUAGACGGGUUAACACCGUCGUACGAAGGCAUAACGAAUGGUUGCCGUAUUCGCCGCCUGAAGUAUUGCAGAUCGACACUGAUGAGACGUACAAAGCUCGUACGUCGCACGAUGUCUGGCAAUUCGGCAUUGUCCUAUUUGUUUGCCUGACCGGAUGCCUGCCAUGGCAGAAAGCAGCGAUGGACGAUCCGCGCUACACCAGAUAUCAAAACUGGCACAACGCGACGCUUAACAUCGCCAAGAAACCGAAAUUAUUUCAGCUGAUCAGCUCACGGGCGCAGAGAAUGUUCAAGAGGCUAUUGGAUCCGAAGAUUGACAAGCGACCAGUCAGCGUGUUGGAAGUAAAUAAAUAUUUAGAAGACAGAUGGCUAGCGAAACUCGGGGUCGAAAAAGCGUUGAAUGGCGGCGCCGAUGAGAGGGACGAGCUAUGUCCGUCUAUGUACAGCUUUCACAGUUCCUUAGAGGAGAAGAAUCAACUUCUCCACACACUUACGACGUACGGGAUCGAGACAACGGUGGAUCAUUCGAAGAAGAAGGAUCGUAUCAGGGAAUGGAUACAAGCUAGCGCGAUCGUCGAGGAAAACGAGGAGGACGAGUCUGAUGUUUACGAGGACUCGGAGUUCUGUGAAGAUGAAGACAAGGAUAAUGAUGGGAACGGAAGCGAGGAGACAGAAUCGAUCUCCAUGAGAGGCAGGCAUUUUCCGGAAAGACGUCCAAGUGCCACGACGAACAAUUCUAGAAAGAGAAGAGACAGUAGGGUCGCAAAGAAUCGCAUUGCGUCGAAAAACAGAGUGCCUGUAAAGCCCAUCGAAAGGAAAAUACCUUUCGCUCCUCAAGUAGCUGAAGAGCGAGAAACGAUCGCGCGCUUCGCCAGUUUCCCCAAUGGUGAUCCAAAUCUCGCCGCCGUAAGGAAUGGCGGUGAUCAGACUCACGAUCUUUCCGCAACCUCGGUGAAUGUCCUCGCAUCGCCGACAACGAAUAAUUUCUCCGCGAGCAAUCUUCAAUCGUCCGUGCCUAGUGCCAACGGCACUCGAAACAUCAAAGAUCAGGCGAGGAUCAAUGCUAACAACUCUCGAGAUGAAUCGCCGCUUUCCGCGCAGUUAAUCGCUGCUGUCCCUAUCAAACAAUCGCCGCCUAAAACUACAGGUAUCCCGGAUAGUGCUGGUAGAGUUGUACCGAUGAGCCCGCAAAUCCCGGUCAGAAAAAAUCGCGCUCAUACAGCGCCGUUUUCAGAGACGCGUUCGGCUGAGGCUCAGAUCGAUUUGGCGAGAAAGACGCAAUCCGUAACAGUUUUACGGACAUCGGAAAUGACGGAGGACUCGUUAUCAGCACGUGCAUCAACAAAGACAUCCGUCUCUUCACAUCCGAUGACAACUCGAGCGGAUAAUCCUUCCGUUGCUAUAUUAUCAACUUCGCGAACGGCAAGAUCAAUCGCUCCACCGGUUGCGCGAACUGAUAAAGCACCUACGGCGUCGAUAAUAAGCAAUGCACCUCUAGCCGAGCCCCAGCCUCCUAAUAGCGCUCUCCCUGGCCGAAUCGAAGGCUCGCCUCCAAUCAUGACGCAAAUCACAACGUCGGCCUCUUCUCACUUGGCAAUGCAGAGUUUCAACGCGCUGCAAGGUAUCGCGGGCGUACCCUCGACUGCUUCGCCGGCGAGCUCGUCAUUGAACAUGAGUAAACCCAAUCAACGGGCCGAAGAACUAAACGUGGCUUACGGAAAAGAUGCGUAUCAACACUAUGGCAUCGCCCAGGGAAUCAUACUACCGAUGAAAAUAAAUGUCAUUAGGCAAGAUUCUAUUGGCAGCGGGAAUCGAUCCGUGAGCAACUGAGAGAAGAAUGUACCAAAUUGAAGAAUGUACCAAAUUUUUCUUGAGGUCGACAAAAGUUAAAUAUUCGCGCAAGUCAUGCUAGUUACAGAACCAAUUGAUUACUGUGUAUAGCAGGUCUGUUCAAAACUUAACUUACAGGCUAAAAAAGGCUAGAACACAGAUGUAUAAAGCAUAAGAGAAUUAUCAAUCAAUCAGAGUCUUUCAUUUACAUGAAAUGAAAUGGAGAAUUAAUUGAGCUCUAAUGCUUUCUACAAUAAGCCAUUAGGAAUAGGUUAGAAGGAGCAGGAGCGAGUUGUAAGCAAAUCAGUUGUAUGUCAUAAAGCAAUAAUAAGUCAGUGACUGCGUGAAGAUGGCCAAAUUCCAUUUCUUAUGAUUUAAAACUUAGAUUAUGUUAUA